UUUGAAUAUCUGCCCCGCAAGACGAUCACCACUCGAGGAGAGAAGACUGUCUGGGUCAAGUGUAGCGGUAAAGAUAAAGACAGAGCGACGGCAAUGCUCCUGGCAGACUGGCAUGGAAACAAGCGAGAGCCUUUCAUUGUGUUUAAGACGGGUACGUCGCGCCAUGAUCACAUCCAGGAUGCCAACGAUGAGAAGCGUCAUGGAUUCAGUACGCGUUUGUGGGAGGAGAUCUCGCGCCUUCAAAAGAAGCAUACCUGCCAGAUCUACGGAAACCCCUCGGCCUGGGGGAAUGCCCAAAUCUCACUCCAGUUUUUAGACUAUCAUUUUGGACACAGGAGCAAUAUCGAAGAAAAGUUUCUGCUGCUCUGGGACGAUUUUUCUGGGCACUGGACCGACGAGGUCAAGGACUACGCUGCUUCGAUUAAUGUCCUGUUUUUCAAGGUACCACCUCGCUACACUUACGUUUGCCAGCCAGCUGACGUGGCUUGGAAUCGGCCGUUCAAGACACAGUUGCGAGGCAGU